UUGAAAACGUUGCCAUUUGUAAUGAUUUUUCUUUUCUGUUUUUAGGGAAGGGUUCCGUCAGAGGCUUGCCUCGGCAUGGACUCGACAAAAGCGCAAAGAGAACUGAUUGGCCAACUUGAGGCGAAAAAUAGAGAAAUAAUGAGGGAAAUCGCCCGAUUAAGGAGACAACAAGAAUUGGAGAACGCCGGACACGGGACUGACAAUCCAGUAUUGAUGAACGAACUUCGGGCGCUAAGGAUGAGAAAGGACGAGCUAGAAACACAUUUGACCACCCUACAAGAUUCUAGGAGGCAGCUGAUGAUGCAGCUGGAAGGACUGAUGAAAAUGUUAAAGGUUGGAAUAUGUGAAUUUCUUUUCAUAUCAUUUGGUAGUUUUACCUAG